GAAAAAAGAGGAAGUUUGUUUUGAAUGCAGAGAUGAACCACAGCGUCAUUCAUGCUGUUCAGAAAUCUGGUCAGAUCUCAGUUGAUGCAACUUACAAUGCGAAUGAUGGUUUGACGAAAGUAAAACUGACACAGGAUGACGAGGAUGAAGACGGUGAAUCUGAACAAUCAGGCAAGCAAAGUUUCUUCUUUGUUUAUUGUAAAACUUGCAAGAAACUAACACAAGGAAAAUUGCGAUGUCGAUGUUCAAAUUGCAAGGAAGGAAGCUUUGUUCUAUCACAGGGUCCAAAUGGUUGGGACGAUGUAUUGAUCAAAGGCCGAAUGCAGGGACAAUGUGAAUCCAAUACAAACUGUCAGGGAAAAACAGCUGAAUUUUAUUUCAAAUGUGGGGAACAUCAUGGUAGAGAUGAACAGGCGCCAUUAUCAAUGUUGAAAUCUAACAUCAGAAAUAUUCCCUGCAUCACAUGCUCUGAAAUAUCUGUUUCCAAGAGAUCAGAAAACUGGCAAGGAGUGAAAUUUCAAGGAAAAAAGAUGAAGUUUGUUUUGAAUGCAGAGAUGAACCACAGCGUCAUUCAUGCUGUUCAGAAAUCUGGUCAGAUCUCAGUUGAUGCAACUUACAAUGCGAAUGAUGGUUUGACGAAAGUGAAACUGACACAGGAUGACGAAGAUGAAGAUGGUGAAUCUCAACAAUCAGGCAAGCAAAGUUUCUUCUUUGUUUAUUGUAAAACUUGCAAGAAACUAACACGAGGAAAAUUGCGAUGUCGAUGUUCAAAUUGCAAGGAAGGAAGCUUUGUUCUAUCACAGGGUCCAAAUGGUUGGGACGAUGUAUUGAUCAAAGGCCGCAUGCAGGGACCAUGUGAAUCCGAUAAUAACUGUCAGGGAACAACAGCUCAAUUGUUAUUUCAAAUGCGGGGAACAUCAUGGUAGAGAUAAACAAAUGCUGUUAUCAAUGUUGAAAUCUAACAUCAAAAAUAUUCCCUGCAUCACAUGCUCUGAAACAUCAUAAUGCGGUUGAAUGUUUUAAACUUGGUCAGCUUUGCAGCUCAAAUGGUAGAAAUUUAAUCCGUGAAUGUGACAGUCAGGGUUGUGGUGAUUUCGGAACACCAAGAGGUUCUCGUACACACAAUGGUGUCGACAUAAUUUGCAAACCAGGGAGUUCUGUCAUGACACCAUUUGCUGCGAAGAUUUGACGAAAAUCACGUUCUUAUUCAAACAACA